CUAGCGGGACGGCGUACUCCACCGUUAUGAACGUCCAUAUGAGACUGCUUUACGAAAUUGGUAAAAAAAAAUCCAAUUAACCAAGGCAAAAAAAUUGGGCCCCCCUCCACUCCUGCAAACAUGCGCUACAUAACCUAGUAAAUGUUGAAGUCAUUCGAUUUGAAUAUGUGUGAAUUUUAUAAUUCUGGAAAUAUUGAUGAAGAUCAUCAAAACAUUGAGUAAUUCGGUAAUAAGAUUUAUAACAACGAGUACAAUGGCGAAGAGUAAAUUCGAGUACGUCAAGAAUUUCGAGCACGAGAACGUGUGUCUUCCCAAUUGUUGGAUAGUGAUCAGACUCGAUGGUAGAAAUUUUACAAAAUUCACUGAUGCCCAUUCCUUCACAAAACCCAAUGACUCUCGAGCACUUGAGCUCAUGAACGCAGCAGCUGUGACUGUCAUGAACGAAUUCAAAGAAAUUUGCAUUGCCUAUGGCCAGAGUGACGAAUAUUCUUUUGUUUUUAGAAAGGAUACUCAACUACACCGCAGACGAGAGAUCAAACUCCUGACGUACGUAAACUCUUUAUUCGCCUCUGCUUACGUUUUCAACUGGGAAAAAUAUUUUGUGGGUACACCGUUGCAAUAUCCUCCAGCAUUUGAUGGUAGAAUAAUUCUAUAUCCUUCUGACGAGAACCUGAGAGAUUAUCUCUCCUGGAGGCAAGCUGAUGUCCACGUCAAUAAUCUGUAUAACACUUGUUUCUGGAAUUUGGUGCAGAAAAAAAAUAUGACGACGACGCAAGCUCAACAAACCCUGAAAGGAACCCUUUCAGCCUUUAAGAACGAGCUCCUGUUCCAGGACUUUGGAAUUAAUUACAAUAACGAGCCAGAAAUGUUUCGAAAGGGGACGACUCUCUUCAGAGAUUCCGUGCAAGGCACUGAUGGCCGAACCCGGCAACAGGUCGUCUCUCAUUUCGAUGACAUCAUCGGAGAUAAAUUCUGGAAUGGACAUCCGGAGAUCCUCCAAGCCAAGAAAGCCUCCACGAUGACCCCAGUGACCCAAGAGAAUGGAAAUAAAAAAAAUAAAAGUGAACAUCCGAAAGAAAAAUCUAAAAUCGAGAUAACGGAUGUAAAUACUUGUUCGUGAUUAAAAUACUUGAUGAUUAAAUA